GCUACAUUAAUCUCCACUCCACGAUAUGUGCACAGUUGCGCACGCUUCGACACCGUAACUCGUAUAUGAUUCGCUCAACUCGGUUAGUGUACCCUCUCUCCCGAGUCGCACCGAUUCGUAACAACCACAGAGAAAUUCCUUCUCCAUCGGGUUAUGCCCUUCAUUUCACGCUCUCAUCCAGAAAAUUUCCUAGGGUUGCUUCCGUUGCUUUCAGAACGAAUCUCCAAAAUUCAGACCCGCGCCCGCCGGUAAUGGAACUGAACCCGCAGGAAUCUGUGCCGCCAGCUGGCGAGGAUUUUGUGCAUAUUGAAAAUCCCACUUCUGACCCUAACGAUGAGGCGUUGAGCGAGAGCAUUGUCAACGUUGAGGAGGAGCUGAGAGCUGACAACGAGGUCGAUUCUCGGAGUGGUGAGGAUGGGAAUUCAGAGCAGGGAAGGGUACUUCCUGAAGAGUUUUCAAGAAGUGUGAUGGUCCUCACUUGCGAUUCGACGGCGGAGAGUGGCAAAUGCGACGUGUACUUGGUUGGCACGGCUCAUGUGUUUCAGGAAUCAUGUAGAGAAGUUGAAGCCGUAGUCAGUCACUUGAAACCACAGGUUGUCUUCUUGGAGUUAUGCUCUAGUAGAGUUGCUGUGCUUAGCCCUCAAAAUAUAAAGGUACCGACUAUGGGUGAAAUGGUGGAAAUGUGGAAGAAAAAGCAUAAUAUAUUUGGAAUACUUUACAGCUGGUUUCUUGCUAAGGUUGCUAAUAAGCUUGAGGUUUUUCCUGGCUCUGAGUUUCGCGUGGCAUUUGAAGAAGCAAAGAAGUAUGGUGGCAAGGUAAUACUUGGUGAUCGCCCUGUACAGAUUACACUGAGGAGGACCUGGGGAAGAAUGCCGCUCUGGCAUAAAGCAAAAUUACUCUACUCCUUACUUUUUCAGGCAUUCUUUUUACCAAGCCCCGAAGAUCUUAACAAGAUGCUAAAGGAAAUGUACGAUGUUGACAUGCUAACUCUGGUGAUUCAAGAGAUGAGCAAGGAGUUCCCGACUUUAAUGGAAACCCUUGUACAUGAGCGAGAUCAGUACAUGUCAUCCAGACUGCUGAGAGUGGCGAGUGAGCAUAGUUCUGUUGUAGCAGUUGUUGGAAGGGGACACCUCAAUGGAAUUAAGAAGUACUGGAAGCAGCCUGUUGCGGUUAAGGAUCUUCUUGAAAUUCCUUCUCCGACGUCCACUGUUUCUACUUUAAAGAUUCUUACAUCCGUGGGUGCUGUAGUCGCUGGGGUUGCUAUUAUUUCCGGCAUAUAUCUAAAUGGCAGGAAAUAGUCCUUUAUUUAACAGCAUGCAAUCGUGAUGGGUUGGAUAAUGUCCCUUCUUAACUUAAAGCACCUUUCUAGUCUGAAAUUUGGUAUGAAUAAGAAUACAAGGUAAAAAAGCUACUAGGAGUCCUUAUACACAUGUAGUGUGGCCUUUGAUCAUAGUUAUAACUAAACUAUAAUUUAUCAUUCUUUUUCGUUGUCAUUUCUAUUUCUUUGGUUUCU